CUAGUGAGGGUGAGGAGGGGAGUCAAUGUUGUGGUUCCCCUGUGGAGAACGGGGUGGAUCCACUCCCUCUUAAUAUACCCAGGCUAAGGAGACUGAGCCUUACAUCUAAGAGAAGAAGCAGAGCAGCUGGAGUACACACACACACUACACACUACACACACUCACAUACAGAAACAGACAAACAGCAAGGCACACCGUCUGACACCGUCUGACACCGUCUGACACCGUCAGACAUCUGAAGUGAUUCUUGAGAGAAAGAGAGAGAGAGAGAGAGGACUUCACUUCCCAGAGUGACAUGCUGUGGGGGACAGCUCUCUUGACUGGCCUGGUGGGACUGUAUGUCAUCGUCACCCAGUGUCCAGCCACCUGCCAGCUGAGCCAGGAGGACACGGAGACCCUCAUGGAGCUGCACAACAGCUAUCGGGGCCAGGUGGUACCCAGUGCCACCUACAUGCGUAAAGUGAAAUGGGAUGAGAAGCUGAAGAUCCUAGCUGAGGGCUACGCUGUGAAGUGUAUGUGGGAACCGAACCCGGAUCUAGAGUUGCUGAACAUGGGAGAGAACCUGUUUGUGUCCAAUGAGCCCUUGGACCUCAACAUGACCAUGGAGAAGUGGUUCUUGGAGCACCUAGACUACGACUACAACAACAACAGCUGCCAGGAGGACAGGAUGUGUGGACACUACACUCAGAUGGUGUGGGCGGACUCUCACUCUGUGGGCUGUGCUGCUCAUCGCUGUGACACCAUAGAGGGGCUGUCCUUCGAGAAAGUUAACUUCCUGGUCUGCAAUUAUUACCCAAAAGAUAAGUUUAAGGAUGAGAAACCCUAUGAGGAAGGUGAAUGGUGCUCCAAGUGCCCAGACAACGUGCCGCGAUGUGAUCAGAACCUCUGCGUGCCUGAUGCCCCUGAGCCUUCAGAGGAGCCUGAUGUUGAGGAGCCUGAUGCCCCCGCGCCUUCAGACGAGCCUGAUGUUGAGGAGCCUGAUGCCUCCGAUCCUUCAGACGAGGCUGAUGUUGAGGAGCCUGAUGCCCUUGAGCCUUCAGAGGAGCCUGAUGUUGAGAAGGAGACAACAGAGAGCUUUACCCCACACACAGCCACCGCCACAGAGCCUGGGUAUGAGGAGGAGGGGGACGAGACAGGCAUGCAGCCUGGGGACGAGGACAACGAGGGGGAGUGGGAGGGGGAGGAGAGAGCAGCGGAGAGGGAGAAGGAGAGGACUAGGAACCAACCUCCGGCCAAUGCAGGAAGGAUAACUACACCACUACUUCUUGUUACCAGCCUAAUGGCUUUACUCUCAGUAGGAUUGUGAGGUGAAGGUAUGAGAGUAAGGCAUGACACACAUACACACACUCUAUCUGGAACUGAACUGAACAUUGCUGGAAGUUGAAUUACAUUGUGCUAUAACCAUGUCUAUAGCAGAGGGAUUUGUUGAUGGUUAUUUUGUUAUUAUUUGCUCGCUAGUAAUUACAGUUGCUAGUUUAACAUAAUGCCUUCUUAGCAAUAUCAAUAAGCACACAACAUACAACAGUUAACGAUGUAUUAUAACAGUUGUAUAAUAACAACUAAGACCUGUUACAAAUGUAACAGCAAUACAUUUUCUUAAAGCAAGGCACGUCCUCUAUAUGAAUGUGAUUUGUAAACCUAAAGGAGCAUAACUACUGUCAAUAUUGCAUAUUUCUGUAAAUGUCUGUAUAUAGAGUAUAAUAAAUAUUGUUUCUUCUA